UUACCAUAUACCCCUCACCUGAGUUACAUCUCGCUCUCUAAAUCCUGCAUAAAAUUCCCCUUUUGUUUCUCGAGAAAAUAUAUUUAUAUUUUUUGAAAUUUUAAGUGAUGGACUCAGCAGGAAAAGUAAAGAAAGGAGCUGGAGGAAGGAAAGGAGGUGGUCCAAAGAAGAAGCCGGUGUCCCGGUCAGUAAAAGCCGGUCUACAGUUUCCGGUCGGCAGGAUCGGUCGCUACCUGAAGAAGGGACGCUAUUCUCAGCGCGUGGGAACCGGCGCUCCGGUCUACCUUGCCGCUGUACUCGAGUACCUCGCUGCUGAGGUUCUUGAGUUGGCUGGUAAUGCUGCAAGAGAUAACAAAAAGAACAGGAUCAUACCAAGGCAUGUUCUUUUGGCCGUAAGGAACGAUGAGGAGCUCGGGAAGCUUCUUGCCGGUGUGACUAUUGCUCAUGGUGGUGUUUUGCCGAACAUCAACCCGGUUCUUCUGCCCAAGAAAUCUGAGAAAGUAACAACCAAGGAGACAAAAUCGCCAUCCAGGGCUACCAAGUCCCCGAAGAAGGCUUAGGUUUUAAGUCUUUCUUAUUGUCUUUCUAUGUGUAUUGUAACUUCCUUACAUGUGUUUGACUUGUAGGAAACGUUCAUGUUGGUAGCGAUUAGGACCAUUGUACUGUUUUAUUUGCUGUAUGUGUAGAACUUUGUUUGGAAUGAAUGAAACACAAUGGUUCCAAAAUUUCAUUUAUUGAUGCAUUUGUAAGUGUUGUGUUA